ACACCGUCUCCCUUGAAUUAAUUAUUCAAGACGAAAAGGGCGAUCGUAUUCAUGCGACUGUUGGUCGGUCUCUUAUACGUAUGUUCAAACCAAAGAUACAAGAAUUGGGUUUGUACUUUAUGAAGAACUUUGUGGUUGGACCAAAUUAUAUGAAACUUAAAUACACGCGGCAUAAAUUGAAGUUGGCAUUUACUCAUAAGACGAUUGUAGAGGAAGCAAAUGAUCAUCUUUUUGGUAUGAGUAUCUUCGACUUAAAACCUUAUGAGUAUUUGAUAAACAAAAUUGAUGUUGAAGAAAGUGAACUCUUCGAUGUCAUUGGAGAGGUUGUAAGUUAUGGUGAAGUAGAAUCCCAUAACCAAGGUGAUAAAAAAAGCGCUUAUAUGAAUGUGGAACUUGAAGAUCAUGAGAGGAAUAAUAUCUCGGCAACAUUUUGGGGAGAAUUCGUUGACCAAAUCUUGCCUCAUUUAGAGGGAUCACUCUAUCAGCCGGUCAUAGUUGUUAUGCAGUUGAUAAAAGCUCACAAAUUUCAAGGCAAAUAUUCUGUGCGUAAUACUUGGCAUGUCUCAAAGCUCUGGAUUAACCCGGAUCUUCCUCAAGCUGUUGAUUUUAAGUCCAGAUUGGCAAGUGUGAAUGAAGCUAACUCUGCCAGGAUCAGUCAAAUACCUUCUCAGCGUAGUUAUUCUGUUUCUGAUAAGUUGGCUACUGGAACGGUAGAAGUUAAAACUAUUAGAGAAUUGGUCAACUGCAUGGAGGAAGGACAUAUUUGGAUUGUUGCGACUGUAGUGAAUCUUCUACUUGAGAAAGAAUGGUCAUAUUUGGGGUGCAAGAAAUGCUCGAAGAAGGUUGACAAAAUUGGAAAUAAAUUUCACUGCAAGAAAUGUGAUCGCCUUGAUAGUUCUGCCACUCAUAGGUACAAGCUUCGAGUACAAGUAAUGGAUCACACUGGCUUUAUAUCUUUGUUGCUUUGGGAUCGUGAAGCAACAAGGUAGAGCUAUUGGUGGACUGCAAAUAAGCUUGAGAACAAGAACCAGAUAAAGGACCUAAAACAUGCCUGGUACAAUCAUUCAAGGUCAUCAACUCAAGAUAAUCUGAGCAGUGUGCCUUCAGAUUCACAAGAAACAAAUUAGGGACCUGAUCCCUUGGUGUUCCCCUGACAGAAAUAUAAGUCAACUAUAUAGCUGGAAAGCAACUACACAAAGUGACUGCCUGUAACUGUACAUGCAACAGUGCAGCAGACAGUGCAGUAGUCACUUCCCAUUGGGAAAAGGCAUGUACUAACCAAGAAUUUACAUCACCAUUAUGAUGUCUUUUGUAGUAUAACAACCUGGUGCAAGGCACAAGAUAUUCAAUUGAGCAUUUUUAGUGAUAUUCUUUCAAGUGCUAGAAACACCUCUCUCAAGAACAAAGCGGUUGCAACCUCAAGGACCAGAUCCAAAGAUUGAAGAUAUCUUAAGUCCUUAGGUUUGUUGAGACUUUGUUAUUUGUUCUUCACUGUAAAUCCUAUCUUGCUUUAUUAGAAGCUUUGUUUUAGGAAACUCAAAAUCAUAAACCAUCUGAGUUUGUGUUGUGACUAGAGUUAGUCAUAAGUUGAAGUCUAUGUAACUAGUGAGUGACAAAGUGGCUUGUGAUAAGCAUAUUACAAGUUAGAGUGAUUGAAGUCUUUGUAACUAGUGAGUGACAAAUUGGCUUGUGAUAAAUGUAUUAUAAGUUAGAGUGAUUGAAGUCUUUGUAACUAGUGAGUGACAAAGUGGAUUGUGAUAAGUAUAUUACAAGUUAGAGUGAUUGAAAUCUUUGUAAAGAGCCAUUACAAAGUGGCUUGUAAUAGUGUAGUUACAAGUUAGAGAAGUUGAAAACCUACCAGUGUAGGUCG